GAUUCAAUACCACACUUCUAAAAAGCCUGCCCACAAUGAAGACAACGCUACUCGUGCCAGUGAACGCGGGGUGGGACAAGGUCAGCUCUAAAGUACUGGCCUACCUUCGCAAGAAUCCCACCACAAUGUGGCAGCUGUUUGCGUACCACCUGCUGGCUGGUCGCUACACGGCCCAGAACCUCACCGCGAUACCCUACAACACACAG